UACACGGUGAGAUUUUAUCUUUACGCAAUGACAACGUGAACCCUGAAGAUGACGGCAGAAACACUGUAAUGUAGUCGCAACAGCGCCCCUAUUGGCCGAUGGCUGUCACUGCCACAACAUCGUCAAGCAAGGUGUUACUCGAGACGCCAGAGGCUGACAGCCUGUCACCUUUUCGCCAACCUUGCCAGUGGCAGCCAAUGUUGCUGUUGGAUCACCUUACCAGUGAUGAAAAAGAAGCCUGUUUUGGAGUUAACGAGAAGUAAGGCAAAGACUGAUGGAGGGAAUCUGACUAUUCUGCAUUAACAGCGCUCAUAGCUGGCAUUUUCUGUCUUCUUAUCUCUGCUAACUGGAAGAAGACUCUGUCUAAUUGAUGCAACAGUAAGUGGAAAGUUCAAAGGUUGUGAGGGUAGAGCCUGAUGGAUCAUGGUGGUCAGUUGGACUACGAAGCCAGAAUAAUGUCACAUGUAAUGGCGGGUGGGGUCGAGCAUUGUGACAAUAACACGCCACACCCUGAUCUUUUGACUUCCCAAAACCUCAACGAGACUCAGACUGAACAUUCUUCAGCUUUACAAAAUGAAUUUGGAGGCGGUGCGUUUUUCAACAACAACCAGGAGGCAGAGAAAGAGCGAUACCAAGAAGAAGAAGAGGACAUUGAUGAAGUGAUGAAGGACGAGGAGGAAGAAUCUGAGGCAUCAAGUUGCCUACUUAACUGCCAGUCCACAGAUACUCCUAUGACUGACUCCUCCUAUUCAGAAACAGGAAGCAUAUUGGAGAAUCCCUUCAGUCCUGGUACAAGUCCAGAACCUACAUCCCCUGUCAUCCAAGAGAAAUCAUCUCCCAUCAGCCCUUUGGAAGUGGAUCAGAGUGAAGUGAACUUCGGUGGCUUUAACGUUGAACCUCUUGCCUCCAGCACAUCAGGAGUGACCUUCACUACAGGGCCUGUGCUCUCUACUCAUAUAUCUUUAACCUCAGACACUGGGCUGAGCUGCACUGAUGGACAAGCGCUUGUCUCACUUACAUCCACUCCAGAACCUCUCACAAACUCUACUCUGCUCUGCGAAAGACUUCCAUGUACCAUCGGGUCUGCUGAAAUGACAUCCACCUCAAGGCCCAAUACUUCCAUUACCUCUAUUAAUCAAACAAUCAUGCCCCUCACCCUCAUCACCAAGCACACAGAGUCUUCAUCCUCUACUGGACCUCUACCCUCAGAAAACAAUACUUCCUCUCUGGUGCCCACUUGCUGCACUACAAGGCUCACCUCUCCUCUAAUGGACUCUCUGGAGCAGUUGGCCCAUAGAGGCGAUGAUGUUCGCCUUCCACUCGACCUACAUCAGAUCGCUGAGGCCUCUGUCUUGCAUGAAGAUUACCAGCUGGCUUUAAGGUGUAUCCAGCUGGAGAGGCUCUACCACCAGAGAGUUUUGGACAACCUCAAUGCUCUUCAGCAACAGUGGGAGAGUCAGUGUAUGAGAACCUCCAGCAGUCUGGAAGCCCGACAUCUGGACACUCUGAGAGACAUCUGCCAGACACACACUCGACCAUGUGCUGCAGAUGUGGCGUCUGCAUCUCUUGACUUAAGGCCCACCAUUAAACAAGGGGAUACACUGCCUCCACAUCCAUCAGCCUAUCAGACUGAAUGUAGGAUGCAGCAGAGAGCUCAAGAUUUCUCACAGCAACUCCAUUCCCCCGACAGUUCAGAAAAAGACAGGGAACACCCUGAAUGCAAUUUAGAAGGGAGGGUCGGUUUCCAUGGGACUGAGCUGACUGAGAAGGAGGGCAGUGGCAAAGAGCAAGGGGAGUGUCCGGAACAUACCAAUUCACAUGAGGAAAACAUGGUGUACCCCUCUGAAGAUGGAGAAAUGGAUCAGACCAAGCCCGCAGAGCAGCAGGGUGGAGACUUAGGUCCAGCACAGGGAAAAGAAGUGAAUAGGGAAGAAGAAGGGAGCAAUGUGGGAAAAUCUGCAGAGGCACUGAGUAUGGAGGAUGAGACUGAAGAAGAGGAGGAGAAAAAGAAGAGGGCGCCCAAAGUGGAGACACUGCACAGGGAAAUAGAAGCAGAGGUGGAAGCUCAAGAGGAGAGCAAUGAAAGCUGCCUACUGCAGCAUGAACCCCAUCUUCCUCAAGAGGCUCGUCUGGAACAGGACAAGCUGGGCAACGAAGUGGAGCAAGAAGAAUAUGAAGACGAGCUAAGGGACGUCUUCAGAGAAGCGGUCACACUGGACGACAUGGCUAGACUCAUCACUGUAGAGGAAAUGUCUCCUGCCUGUGGCCUCGUCUCCAUCUUGAAGAAGAAGCGUUUACCUGUGGAUGAUGUUAGCUCAGACUCCAAGCCCAAUAAACCAACUGCCAAAAGACGGGUCCGCUUCAGAGUGGCAGAUGAUGGCUUUGACAACGAUGUUCGUGGGAGGGACUCGUGCCUGCUCCUCUUCCUGCUUUGUCUGGUUACUGUGGUGAUCAGCGUGGGCGGCACCACCCUUUAUUGCGCACUGGGGGACGUCAAUUCGUCCGUCUGUCAAGACUUCUCCAGAAAUGUGGAUUUCUACUUUGGACAGAUGCAGCGUGCCAUUACGCAGAUCCAACACUGGUUUGGUCCAAGUUCAUCGUAGCAACAGCAGCAGCAGAGUUUUAUGACUUGCCCUGUGCAGGUUAGUGUCUCCCAGGUGGACCUGUUUAGUUUGAAGGGGUCCACAUUGACUUAUUACACCAAAGGUCUCUCUGGGUUUGGAAUCAUGACUGGAUCCAAAUUUCUUACUUGACUCCCUUAAAAACAAAACAGUUUAUGUAAUUUGUUAAACAAAAAAAAACAGUUUGUGAGCUAGAAGGCUCAGACACACCCAGCACACACACACAUUCUGCACAAAUUGUGGCCUCACAGGCAUGUUGCAACCACGAGAGUUGCUUUUAAGGACGUCUUUUUGUGUGUUUUGUAAAAACCCAUGCAUUUCUUCACUAUUUGGAAUGAAAUCAUUAUGUCUUAAUCAUGUCUUAACACAUUGAUUGUCAUCAGUGAGGCAUUUAUGUGGUUUUUUUAAUGAGCCACUUACUUGGGGUAAUGAUUCGGAUUUAUUGCAGUACAAAGCACUGAUCUUAAGCUAUGCAUUGUUUUACCAUGUAACUUGGACAAGCAGAUAUAUUACAUCUACUUACAGGAUUACAGUACGCAGGACAAGAAUGUUUAACUCAACAGGUACAGACAGCUUUUGUCUUUAUUUUGUGUAAUAUUCUCUGUUAUGUGUGUAUAUCACAAUGUUAGUGGGAUGUUAUGUAGCAUUGUGUCAGCCCAGCUGUGUCUUUGUAUCUCUCAGGAUUUCUAUACAUCGUUCUCGUUUCUGUUCACUAUCCAGGACUUGUGUUUGCCUCUGAACGCAACACAGGAUUGUGUAUCAACUUUUGUUUUAGUUGAAAGUCUACAUUAUAUGUCUUACUUAAAGGGGAACUGCACUUUUUUUUUCGUUCACAAUCAUGAUGAAAGACAUGACGACGACGGAUGGAUUUUUUUUAAUGCAUUGUAAAUAUUAAAUACAUUCGAUCGAAAGUCCGCUUACAAUGGAGCCUAUGGGAGCCGUUCAAUUCUGCCUAAAGAGCCCCUAAAAACAUCCUAACACCUCCAUUAGGGUUUUAUGUACAUGAUGUAAGUAUAUAUGUAAUGUAGUAACAGGCACAUUUAUAAUAACAUUUAAUAUUUACGUAUUUUGAUCAUUUUAAGCAUACACGGCACAUUAGUUUUUAAAACGCAUCACCACGUUUGUUUUUUUCUUCAUCACUGAUUCCUGCUCACUGCAGACUUAUUGAGAGCCAACAAACAUAAUUUAACAUCACUUAAUGUAUGAGGUCUGCUGUCAUUAGGAUGGUCAUGUAUUCCCAUUUAAGAUGAAAAAUGUCUCAUAAUCCUCGCGAAGAAACGGGGUGGGGGGAACAAGUUAUUUUCGUGUCGUCCUCGCCAGUUUCAGGUCCCAAAUGGCGGUCAACGUGUCCCAACUUGUCAGAUUAUAUUAACAGCCACCUUCUGUCCAGGUGAGAGGCAUGAUUUAUGAUCUACAAUAAAUUUACAGGCAGUAGGGAAGCGUGAAAGCAGCAGACCACUUGAUAAUGUAAAGAUUGGCACACAGGAAAUGAUCAUGUCACCUCUAUAAAUACUUUGCCUGCGUUAGUGCUUAUAAUAUUACUAAUACUUGGUUAAUAUUCAAGUCACAAGAUGUAAAUGGAGUAUUUUUGGCGCUUUCUAUUACGGAGUAUUGUUGGCGGUAAAUCUGAUUUUAUGGGCGGAAUAGAGGAGCUCCCGUUGGCUCUGCUGUAAGCGGACUUUUGUUUAAUUCUGUUUAAUAUUUAGAAUGCAUUAAAAAAAUCCAUCCGCCGUCGUGUCUUUCAAAAUGAUUGUGAAUGAUAGGCAAAAUGUAAAAAAAAGUGCAGUUCCUCUUUAAGCAGUAUGCCGCGAAUACUAAAGCAAAGUUUCAACACGUGAGAGGAGCUUCCAUGCAUAAUUGAUAGUCUUAGAUCAGUAUUAUCAUGUCACACAAUGAUGUAAAGCGUUGUGAUUUCCUUCUUGUUUUUAUUUGCACGAGUCUCCUGGCUGGUUCAGAUGACUCCGAUAAGUCUACUUAUUUAUGACUGGGUGGGUGCAAAGAUUCCGUCUAUACUGGUCAUCCUCACUUUAAUGAUUGCCGUUGCACAUUAUAAUAGUUUUUCAUCUUUUAUGCAGGCUUUUUUUUAAAUAAUGGAAUGCUUUUUAACUAAUGAUGUGUAAUUUGUUUUUAUCACUUUUCUACCUGAAAGGUUCGGUUACAUUAGAUUGUGAUGUUUGUACAGUCUUCCAAGCAAGGCAAUGUGGUUUGUCAUAAUCUGAUAACCGCAUUGUUCACCGUGGUCUAAUAUUUGAAAAAUAAGAACAAAAGUUAUUAUUCGGAUGCUUCAACAACACUAAUUGGCUUUGUUCAUGUUAUUUGAGUAAGGAUUAGUAUUGAUAGUAAUACAGUACAUUCUUAUUCAUACCUGUGUAUUUUAUCUUAUAAGAUAUUCCAUCUUUGGUACCUGUUAAUGUCUAACCCUGAAGUAAAGUCUUUAAAUAUG